AUGGUCGAGAUGACCAUAGUCACCACGUUGGUGGCCUUCUACACGGUCAUUAUCAUGGUCAUCGCGAGCGGCGAGAGCGCGGAACUUGCCUACUCUUGUGCGCAGUACUCUGUGGCCGUGGGGCAAUACAGCAGCUCAAAGAUGGAUACCUCCCCGAACAUCUACCCUAUCUGCGAUGAGGACAAGAACACGGCUACGGCCAGGUACGUGCAUGUGAAAUUAGGGUUGGACAAGCCCCCGGAGCCGGUCGUCUACAGGUGCAAGCCCGUCCACGAGAGCGUAAAGAACAUCAACACCAAGAUGGCGGCCGCGUAUAGCCUCAUGAGGAACAACGAUAACAUAUUAAUGAGCAAGAUUCCACUCCCGUAA